AAUUCCGGGCUUUGCUACCCGCGGACGCGCGCACCCGGCCAGCGCUUCGAAAAUUUAAAAAUAAAACACUUUCAUAUUCCGCCAGCUACACUACACUUUUAAAAUUUAUAUUUUUUAAAACCAUGCUCUAACUUUACAAAUCCGCGAAAAGAGUUUUUAAAUAAAGAAAUGUUUAAAAAUAGUGCGUAUACGUCAGUUGUGAAUUGUGUUCACUUGAUUCGGUGACAAAUCGCGUCCUCGGUUUGACGAUUAAUUUCGGCGAUUAUUUGGAUGUGGCCUAUUUUGCUGUGUUUUGUGAGUGAUGAAACCCAGAAAGUGAUAUUUAGCUAUUUGGACACGCAGGAGUGAUAAGAGCUCAGAAUGGCAGACCUGGGCGCGGCCACGGGCGCGACCACGCCGGGCGCGGACAGUAUGGGUGACAACGCCCAGGCGCUCGUCACUCCGGCCCCCAGGAAACAGAACAGGCCCAGAGGAAAACCACAGCCAGAGAGGCCGAAGAGAAGUCUCUUCUGUCUAGACCUUAAAAACCCACUUAGGAAACUCUGUUAUGACAUUGUUGAGUGGAAACCGUUCGAAUAUAUGAUAUUGACGACAAUUUUCGCCAAUUGUGUAGCACUGGCUGUGUUCACGCCCUACCCGAGUGGAGAUACAAAUAAUACUAAUCAAAUAUUGGAAAAAGUAGAAUGGAUAUUUAUGGUAAUAUUUACGGCAGAAUGUGUUAUGAAGAUUAUUGCUUACGGUUUUUUGUUUCACCCUGGUGCCUAUUUGAGAAACACAUGGAACAGUCUUGAUUUUACUAUAGUUACUAUAGGUAUUGCGAGUAUGGCUCUACAAUAUUUUUUCCGAGACUCCUUUGACGUCAAAGCGUUAAGAGCCUUCAGGGUAUUAAGGCCGUUGCGUUUAGUAUCAGGAGUACCAAGUUUACAAAUUGUAUUAAAUUCCAUAUUGAAGGCAAUGGUGCCUUUAUUCCACAUAGCAUUUUUGGUGCUCUUCGUAAUUAUUAUUUACGCCAUUAUUGGCUUAGAACUUUUUUCUGGUGUACUGCACGAAACAUGUUAUGAUAAUGCUACGAACACAAUCGCCGAUGAGAAUCAAGCAUGUAGCAAUGAGGAUGUUGGAUAUCAUUGUGAUGAAGAGCAGGUUUGCAAAGGACCGUGGCGGGGAAUAAAUUUUGGUAUUACAAACUUUGAUAACAUUGGUUAUGCAAUGUUGACUGUAUUCCAGUGCAUAUCACUGGAAGGUUGGACUGAUAUUAUGUAUGCUAUAGCAAAUGUAAAAGGCAAUACUUGGGUAUGGAUGUAUUUCGUAUCCAUGGUUAUUUUUGGUAAUUUCUUCGUUAUGAAUCUUAUUCUUGGUGUGUUGUCUGGUGAGUUUUCAAAAGAGAGAGAGAAAGCGAAGAAUCGAGGUGAUUUUCAGAAAUCCAGAGAAAGGCAGCAGUUUGAAGAAGAUUUAAAAGGGUACCUUAAUUGGAUUACUGUUGCUGAAGAAUUAGAUUUGGAGAAUGACCAAGGACAAAAAGACGAGGAUCAAGAUUCUCAAGGUAACAAAGACAGAAAAAGUAACGAAGGUUCUCAAAGCAACGUCAAUAAUAAUGGAGAGAGUACACAAGCUUCAACAUGUAAGAUAUACUGCAAGAGGUUUGACAAGAUAAAUAGAAGAAUGAGAAGAGCAUGCAGGAAAGCGGUUAAAUCCCAGACAUUUUACUGGGCUAUUAUCGUACUUGUAUUUCUUAACACGUUGGUACUGGCCACUGAACAUUACGGUCAAGAAGAGUGGUUAGAUCAGUUCCAGAACUACGCGAAUUACUUGUUUGUCGUCUUAUUUACGAUGGAGAUGUUAGUGAAAAUGUAUGCAUUGGGCUUCCAGGGUUACUUCGUAUCAUUGUUCAAUCGAUUUGAUUGCUUUGUCAUGUUGUGCUCCAUCGUUGAAUUGGCACUUACAAUAACUGAGACUGUCCCACAACUGGGUAUCUCUGUGUUGCGUUGUGUUCGACUGCUUAGAGUCUUCAAGGUUACCAAAUACUGGCGGUCACUCUCCAACCUUGUCGCAUCUCUGCUCAACUCUAUCCAGUCCAUCUUCUCUCUCCUUCUGCUUCUCUUCUUGUUCAUUAUGAUCUUCGCUCUCCUUGGCAUGCAAGUCUUCGGUGGCAAGUUCGACUACGCCCCUGAGGAAGAGAAAGAGAAACAUAACUUCGAUUCCUUCUGGCAAGCAGUGCUGACCAUGUUUCAGAUCCUGACAGGUGAAGAUUGGAACGUGGUGAUGUACCACGGCAUCAACGCGUACGGUGGUGCUGGUACACCUGGCAUGCUUGCGUCCGUCUACUUCAUCGUUAUCUUCAUCUGCGGUAACUAUAUCUUACUAAAUGUGUUCUUGGCUAUCGCUGUGGACAACUUGGGUGACGCUGAAGAAAUGGACAAUGAAGAUAUUGAGAAGGAGAAAGAGGGUGCUGAUAAUCCCGAAGCUGGUAACCCACAACUAGACGACGAGGAGAAAGGAUUGACUGAUGAUGAAUAUGCUAAUGAAGAAGAAGGAUAUUCUACUGAAGGAUCUGACCAUGAAUAUGAUGAAACGGGUUCUGAAGAAGAAGUAGACGAGCAGGAGCCGGAAGAAAGAGACAACGCUAACGAUGCUUUGGUUGCUAUAGAGAAGAAACAAAAUGGUGAUAUAAAAAAAGAUGAAGAAAAUCUAAAGCGCCAACCAACCUUAUCGGCAAGACCACGAAGAUUAUCAGAAGUCGAAAUCAAGUCACAGGAGAAACCCAUACCUGAUGGCAGCAGCUUCUUUAUAUUCUCUAAGACCAACUGUUUUCGAGUGGCUUGCUACAAAAUCCAGAACAAUUCGUGGUUUAAAAACUUGAUCUUGGUUUGUAUCCUCGCGUCUUCUCUUAUGUUGGCUAUGGAAGAUCCAGUUGGUGGAAAAGCUACUGAAGGAAAAACUGAGAUCCUCCGUAAGAUUGACUACUUCUUUACAACGGUAUUCACAAUCGAAUUGUGUCUCAAAUUGAUCACAUACGGUUUCAUUUUCCACAAAGACGCCUUCUGCCGAUCUGCCUUUAACCUGCUCGAUUUACUCGUCGUUAUUGUUUCGCUUAUUUCGUUGUCCGGUGAGAAUAACGUGUCGUUCAUUAAGAUUUUGAGAGUGUUCCGUGUACUGAGGCCUCUUAGAGCCAUCAACAGAGCCAAAGGAUUGAAGUAUGUUGUGAAGUGUGUGAUUGCAUCUAUUAAGUCUAUAGGAAAUAUUUUGCUCAUUAAUCAUAUGCUACAGUUUAUGUUUGCUGUCGUUGGUAUUCAAUUAUUUAAGGGGAAGUUCUGUAAAUGCAAUGAUAUCACCAAAACUACUAGAAACGAAUGUCGGGGUACUUAUUUGAUCUUCAAAAAUGGAGAACCGGUAAUAGAAGAAAGGACAUGGACCAUACACAAAUUCAAUUUUGAUAACGUCCUCAACGGAAUGUUGACGCUAUUCACGGUAUCUACGUUUGAAGGUUGGCCAGGAUUGUUGUCGAACUCAAUGGACUCAAACGAAGAAGAUCAUGGACCGAUUGAGAACUCCCGUCCUCUUGUUGCGUUCUUCUACAUCAGCUACAUCAUCGUCAUUGCUUUCUUCAUGGUGAACAUCUUCGUAGGUUUCGUCAUAGUAACAUUCCAGAAAGAGGGUGAGCAGGAGUUUAAAGACUGCGAAUUGGACAAGAAUCAGCGGAAUUGCAUUGAGUUCGCUUUAAAGGCAAAACCAAUAAGAAGGUAUAUCCCCAAGCACCGCAUCCAGUAUAAAACAUGGUGGUUCGUGACGUCACAGAGGUUUGAGUACUUCAUAUUCUUCUUUAUCGUGUUGAACACAGUUGCUCUCAUGAUGAAGUUCCACGGUGCUCCCGAUGCUUAUAAGAAGAUUCUCGACUACCUCAAUAUGAUUUUGACAACAGUGUUUAUGCUAGAAUUCGUAUUUAAAUUGGCGGCGUUUAGGUUUAAGAAUUAUUUUGGUGACGCAUGGAACACAACAGAUUUUAUAUUAGUUGUUGGCAGUAUUAUAGAUAUAGUUGUCACGCAAGUCAAUGAAAAUAAGAAAGAUUUUGGUGUUCUAGUAAAGCAAAAGGAUGAGGGUACUCUUCUAAAAUACAUCACGUUUUUCCGUUUGUUCCGAGCAAUGAGACUGAUAAAGCUGUUAUCGAGAGGGGAGCGGAUACGAACCCUGCUGUGGACGUUCAUAAAGUCAUUCCAAGCACUGCCUUAUGUAGCCUUACUGAUUGUACUUCUGUUCUUCAUUUAUGCUGUGGUCGGGAUGCAGUUAUUUGGCAAAAUCCAACUUGAUGGGGAAGUGAUCACUGAAAAUAAUAACUUUCAAACAUUUGGCAGUGCUUUGAUGGUACUAUUCAGAUCUGCUACAGGUGAAGCAUGGCAAGAAAUCAUGAUGGCGUUAUCACCGAAUACAGAUGAGCGCCCCAAUGAACCUCUACCAUGCAUCAAGCCUGAUAAUGACAACACCACACUCACAGAAGAAGAAAAGAACUGUGGAACGCGCAUGGCAUAUCCUUACUUUAUUUCGUUUUCUUUGCUCUGUACUUUCUUGAUUAUCAAUUUGUUCGUCGCUGUCAUCAUGGAUAACUUCGACUAUUUGACCAGAGAUUGGUCCAUCCUUGGUCCUCAUCAUCUCGACGAGUUUGUGAGGUUAUGGAGUGAAUAUGAUCCGGAUGCUAAAGGACGUAUCAAACAUUUGGAUGUUGUGACUUUACUUCGUAAAAUAAGUCCACCUUUAGGUUUCGGAAAACUGUGUCCACAUCGAACAGCGUGUAAGAGACUUGUGUCAAUGAACAUGCCUUUAAAUUCCGAUGGCACUGUCAACUUUAACGCAACAUUGUUUGCUGUUGUACGGACACAGCUGCAAAUAAAGACUACAGGUGUCAUCGACGAAUGCAAUACGGAACUCCGAGCGAUUAUAAAGAAGGUCUGGAAGCGCACAUCACCAAAGUUGUUGGACCAAGUGGUACCACCACCGGGAGACCCUAACGAGAUUACCGUUGGAAAGUUCUACGCGACAUUCCUUAUACAGGACUACUUCAGAAGGAACCAUGCGUUCCGUAAACGCAAGGAGCAGGCGGCAAUGGCUUCUGAACAAAACAACCAGAUGACUCUACAAGCUGGGUUGAGGACGCUACACGAAGCUGGGCCGGAACUGAAGAGAGCCAUCUCAGGAAACCUCGAUGAGAUAGUGUCUGAGACUGUUGAGCCUAUGCAUAGGCGGAAUCACACACUGUUCGGUUCUGUGUGGACAAGUAUCAAGAAACAUGGACGUGAGAGCUUCCACAUACCAAACUCGUCGAAACAUAAUAAAACUAAUAACGUAAAUGGAAAAUCAGAUCAAACUUUAAGUACGAUGAUGAGGAGAGAGUUAGGAAUGGACGGCAAAAUACCUGAAGAAGAAAUGAAAGAUGAAGAGGCGAAUCAAAGUGACGAAGAGAUCGCGAUGACACCUCUCCUGCACGGCAAAGAUUCGGAAAAGAUAUUCAGGGUUAUAGAAAAAACGUCCAACGAUUUAAUGCAGAGUAUGAGAAACAGCAAUCGUGACAAAAUGCCCCCGCCGAAGAACAAGGUGCCUUAUUGUGUAGAGAACCCAGCGGAGAAUCUUAUUACUCGAGUGUUGACCGAGCAAGGACUCGGGAAGUACUGCGACAAGGAUUUCAUCCAGAGUACCUCACGUGAGAUGCAGGAGGCGCUCGACCUAACGCAGGAGGAGAUGGACACCGCUGCGAACCAAAUAAUACUGCAGGAGAGAAAAAUGCAACUAGUUGCAACUCGACCGAACGACGUGGAAAGUAUCUACUCCAGGCAGUACCACCCGUUCCACCAGCCCCCAAUGCAGCCUCCGCCGCGACACAAAUAAAUAAAACAAAUAUAAUAUUUAAUUUUGGACUCAUAUUCACCUGUACUGGUUGGUCGCCGUACAGGUAUAUUUACCCAUUUUUGUAUGGGUUUUUAAAUCACGCCAUCCCGGCUUUGUAGCUGGCGAAAAAUGGUUCGGAAUUUUAGAAAAAAUAAAAGAUUUUUGAUGAAUAUUUGUAAAUAGGUUUUAAUAAUAUUGCCUUUGAGCUUUGAAGUGGAAUAUAUAAAAUAUAUAUUUAUAGUGAAAAUAGUUUUAAGCUAAGAUGAAUGCCUAAAAGUUUGAGAAACAACAUUUUUUAAUUUGUAGAGGAUUAAACUAUAUUCUAAAUUUUUAUAAAGUGCUUCCCAGUAAUGUAGGAGGAUAAAACUAUAAAAAUAAAUGACAAGUUUUCUUUAUUGUUACGUAAAUAUAUUAUAUUGUAUUUAUUUAUUGUAAAUAAAAUGUAUAAAUGAAUAAAUUAUUUAAUAAUAAUAUACGUGGCGAUGUGCCUUAUCUAUUCAAUAUAAUGGCAUUUAUUGCCUAAUUAUAUAUGAAAAUAAACUGAAAACAGUUUGUGCCAAAUAUAUUACAAUUUAUAUUAAUAAGUAUUAUUUUAACCAAAGAGCUAUUUUAAUCAGAUAUAUUCACUUACUUAUUUUUAUUUAUUUUAUGAACAAUUUUGGCAUUUUUUCUGUGUGUAUUCUAUAUUAUUAUGAAAGUAAAAAGUUGUAUCAUAAUCAAAAUUUUGAGUAUCUCUAGUCAAAUAGACGCUUGCUUGGGAUUUUAAAUGGAUGUUCAAGAAUAACUGAAAUAUAAUUUUAAUGUUGUAUUUUGUAUGAAUUUGUUAUUGUGAAUAAAUUGUUGCAAUUUUAAA